CGAAAGUGGGCGGGGGAAUAUAAUAUGGGUCCUUGGACGGGCCAACAAUGUAGUUAGGCCGCGGGGCCUUCUGGGAACCGCAGUCCUCCACUGGGUUUGGGACUGAAGCGGCGGGGGAGGGACUCGCCUUCCCGGCAGGCGGCGCGGCGAGCAGGCGGUUGGGCGGCCGGUGGCGGUUCCGGCGGCGGCGGUGGCGGCGGCGAGGACGGAGGGAGGGACGGACGGACGGACGGCUGGAGUCGGAGCCGAGACAGAGACCGCGAUUCGAGGCCGAGGCUUCGCCGUGGGAUCGAGAGUAAAGAGGAAGCCGAGUGCAGCCGGGAUGUGGGAGCGGAACCUCAGCGCCUGAGCGCCCAGCCGGGGCCGCGCCCCCCGCCCCCCCGCCCGAGGCCUCUCCCCACCCAUUUCCCGGGCCCCGCUGCGCUGUGCCGAGAGGGCCGGUGAGGAGACGCCCCCGUCCCGCCCCGCCUUCCCGGGGAGCCCCCCUCGGAGACAUCGCCCCGCCCCUCCCCUCUCGGGAGCCCCUUCCCCCAGCUGUCCGCAGAAGCUUCUCCUCUGGUUCAGAGUCCCUGGCUCUCCCCACAUACCUUCCAGCCUCCCCCGAGGUCUCCCCAGUAGAGAACCCCGGCGCUCUGCCAGCUCCCCUUGUCUCCUCAAAGACCUGCCCCUUUGUCCUAGGCUGAGGUCUCUGUUUCUGUCUCUCUCGCACACACUCCACCCCCUCCCCACUCACCCGUUCUCCACCCCUUUGGCUCCUCAGAUACUCCCCACUCCUUUCUCAAAAGAAUUGGGAAAUCCCUUUUAACUGUCCUUUCCCUUUCUCGCCUCUUCACUUUUCACACGCUCCUUCCCAGGGAUCUUUUUAAAGAUCCCCUUUCCUCACCAGAAUCCCUUCUUCCAAUAUUGAUUUUUUUUUUUUUUGGAAGAUCUAACGGUCCCGUCCCGCAAUACUUCAACUUGGGGAAUUUCUAACAAGGACAACUUGUCCUAAAAUCACCCUUAAGAGGUUUUCAUUCUAGAAAUCUUAGCACUUUUUAAAUCUUUUUUUCCCUUUAUUUGAAGAAUUUUCUAAGAGACUUGAGUUGCAUCUAUUAGAGAACUCUUCUCACCCCACCUUGUGUAGGAAACCUAGGCCUUCCCAGGAACUUCUAGACCUGCCCUCUUGGGACAUAAGAUUUAUUUUUGUGGGGAUCCUUCUCAAAAAUCAUUCCCUCACAAUUUCUUCCUGCCCUCCCACCUAUCAGGUGCUUUCAACACACCUUUGAACUCCCACCAGGGGUUUCUUAGCCCCAGUCCCUUCCUCUGGCCCCGUGUUCACCUGGUAGGGUCCAGCUCCCAGUGGGCUCAGGCCUGGCCCCCACCUGCCCUCCCGCAUGCAGCCCCGAGCUUCCUCGAAGCCCCCUGCCUCCCAGUCCCUCCUCAGAGGCUGCCCAGGGCACCUGUGCCCAAGGCAGUGCCUUCGCCAUACCUUGCUGAUCCUGGCCUGGCCUCACCUUCCUGCUCCCCGAUAAGAGGCCAGGGGCCCCUGCUUGUUGCCCCCAGAUCCUAUUCUGUGCCUCUCUCCUGAUGCCUCCUGCCCAGACUUGCUUGGUUUUGGCUCCUGUAAUCCUCGUCUAGCGGCCCCUUGGCCUAAGCCUCUUUGACCUUCCCCUGCCUGCCGGAGCCCCCCCUGCCCUCUUCCCUCUUCUUCAUCCUGGGGGAGGGAAGCCUUCCUGAGGCACCAUGCUGAAGUGCAUCCCCUUGUGGCGGUGUAACCGGCAUGUGGAGUCGGUGGACAAGCGGCACUGCUCGCUGCAGGCCGUUCCUGAGGAGAUCUACCGCUACAGCCGCAGCCUGGAGGAGCUGCUGCUGGAUGCCAACCAGCUGAGGGAGCUGCCUAAGCCUUUCUUCCGCUUGCUGAAUCUUAGAAAAUUGGGCCUGAGUGACAAUGAGAUUCAGAGGCUGCCACCUGAGGUGGCCAACUUCAUGCAGCUGGUGGAGCUUGAUGUUUCCCGAAAUGACAUCCCUGAGAUACCUGAGAGCAUCAAGUUUUGCAAAGCCCUGGAGAUUGCAGACUUUAGUGGGAACCCCUUAUCCAGGCUUCCCGAUGGCUUCACCCAGUUACGCAGCUUAGCUCAUCUUGCCCUGAAUGAUGUAUCUCUGCAAGUGCUGCCAGGAGAUGUGGGCAAUUUGGCUAACUUGGUAACUUUAGAACUACGGGAGAACCUGUUAAAAUCCCUUCCCACGUCCUUGUCCUUCCUGGUCAAACUGGAACAGUUGGAUCUAGGUGGCAAUGACUUGGAAGUGCUGCCAGACACUCUUGGAGCCCUUCCUAAUUUGCGAGAGCUAUGGCUUGACCGAAAUCAGUUGUCUACACUGCCUCCGGAGUUGGGGAACCUUCGGCGUUUGGUGUGCCUGGAUGUGUCUGAGAACAAACUAGAGCAGUUGCCAGCUGAGGUCAGUGGGUUGACACUGCUCACUGACCUAUUACUGUCUCAGAACUUGCUGGAGCGGCUCCCAGAUGGCAUUGGUCAAUUGAAACAGCUUUCCAUUCUGAAGGUGGAUCAGAAUAGGCUGUGUGAGGUUACUGAGGCCAUCGGAGAGUGUGAGAACCUAUCAGAGCUCAUUCUUACUGAAAACAUGCUGACGGCACUUCCCCGGUCUUUGGGGAAACUUACCAAACUGACUAACCUGAAUGUGGACCGAAACCGGUUAGGGACACUCCCUGCCGAGGUUGGCGGGUGUACCAGUCUGAAUGUGCUUUCCCUUCGAGACAACCGUCUGGCCUCUCUGCCCCCUGAACUAGCUGGUACCACUGAGCUACAUGUGCUGGAUGUGGCAGGGAACCGACUGCAGAGUUUGCCCUUCGCCCUCACCCACCUCAACCUGAAGGCCCUGUGGUUGGCAGAGAACCAGGCUCAGCCGAUGCUCAAAUUCCAAACAGAAGAUGAUCAGAAGACGGGGGAGAAGGUGCUCACCUGCUAUCUGUUGCCCCAGCAGCCCUCUCCCAGCCUUGACACCUUGCUGCAAAGCAGCCUGGACGAGAGCUGGAGUGGCAGCCACAGUCACGUGAACCGGGUCAGCGUCAUUCAAUUCUUGGAGGAUCCCGUGGGUAUGGAGGACGAGGAUCCUGGGGCAGAGAAGAGGAGUCUGCAGCGAAGAGCUACUCCCCACCCCAGUGAGUUGAAGGUUAUGAAGAAAGUGAUUGAGGAUCGGCGUAAUGAAGCCUACACAGCAAAGCCUGACUCAGAGCAGAUGUCGCCCACUGAGGAGGAAAAGAGGCUGAGCUCUCAGUCCCACCAGAGCAUGGACUCACAUGUGUCCACCAGCACAGCCUCAGCAGGCUUUCUGGAAGACGAAGAGGAAGAAGUGGAGCAGAAGCAGGGACAAACAUCAGAAAGGGAUUCAAGUCACAGAGCUAAUGAGGAGGACAUGGAAAUUAUGGCAACUGGCCAUGAAGAGGAAGUGGAAGAUGAAUAUGAGGAGCCCACCGUGCACUUUGCAGAGGACACACUGGUACGGAGUGAAGAUGAAGAUGAAGCUGAGGAACUGCGGCCCCCACCUGGGGAAAGGCAAAGACUGAUCCGGAAAGAUACUCCCCAUUAUAAGAAGCACUUUAAGAUCACCAAGCUGCCCAGGCCUGAGGCUGUGGUAGCCUUGCUUCAAGGGCUGUCAGGAGAUGGAGAUGGGGAGCUAGCCCCAACAGGCUGUAGCAAUGGCCCCCAUGCUCCACAUGAGCAGCUGUCUCUCCCUUGGGGUCAGCAUGCUGAAAUGAACAAGGAAGAGGACAAUGAACCUGAUGAAGAGAAGAAUGGGGCAGUGACUGCCCCACCUUCUGUCAAGGGGGUGUCGUUUGACCAGGCCAAUAACCUGCUGAUAGAGCCUGCUCGCAUUGAGGAGGAAGAGCUGACACUAACAAUCCUGCGGCAGACAGGUGGCCUGGGGAUCAGCAUCGCAGGGGGGAAGGGCUCCACCCCAUACAAGGGAGACGAUGAGGGCAUAUUCAUCUCUCGAGUGUCAGAGGAAGGUCCUGCAGCCCGGGCUGGGGUUCGAGUAGGAGACAAACUACUAGAGGUGAAUGGUGUAACUCUACAAGGGGCUGAGCACCACGAGGCAGUAGAGGCACUUCGGGGUGCAGGUGGAGCAGUAUUGAUGAGAGUAUGGCGGGAACGGAUGGUGGAGCCAGAGAACGCAAUCACAGUCACUCCUUUGCGCCCUGAGGAUGAUUACAGUCCCCGGGAGAGACGGGGGAGCUCCUUUCGUCUGCCUGAGCCUUCUAGCCCUCCUGGCCCUCCUGGCCCUCCUCGACAACGGCAUACAACCUUCCUGGUCAGAAGCGAAAGAGGCCUUGGUUUCAGCAUUGCUGGUGGCAAAGGCUCUACACCCUACCGAGCGGGAGAUGGGGGAAUCUUCAUCUCAAGGAUUGCUGAAGGUGGGGCUGCCCACCGGGCAGGCACAUUGCAGGUUGGGGACCGAGUGAUCUCAAUCAAUGGGGUAGACAUGACAGAGGCCAGGCAUGACCAGGCAGUCGCACUGCUUACUGCUGCCUCCCCUACCAUCACGCUGCUGCUGGAACGAGAGGCUGAUGGGCCUCUCACCCCUGCCCCGUCACUCAGCUCCCCUCCACCUCCCAGCCCUGUCACACCCAUGGCAGUUGGGGAGCCUGGGCCCCCUUCUAACCUCAUGGCCACCACUCUAGAAGGACCAUAUCCUGUGGAGGAAAUCUCCCUGGUGAAGGCUGGUGGGCCUCUAGGGCUGAGUAUUGUUGGAGGCUCUGACCAUUCCAGUCAUCCAUUUGGGAUCCAGGAGCCUGGUGUAUUCAUCUCUAAGGUGCUCCCUAGGGGAUUGGCUGCUCGAAGUGGGCUGCGUGUGGGGGACCGAAUUCUGGCAGUGAACGGGCAAGACGUUCGAGGGGCUACCCAUCAGGAAGCUGUGAAUGCCCUGCUCAGCCCCAGCCCUGAAUUGUGUCUGCUGGUGCGGAGGGAUCCCCCCCCACCAGGCAUGAAGGAGAUCUGCAUUGAAAAAGCUCCUGGGGAGAAGCUGGGGAUCAGCAUACGAGGUGGGGCUAAAGGUCAUGCUGGCAACCCCUUUGACCCCACUGAUGAAGGUGUCUUCAUCUCUAAGGUGAGCCCAGCAGGGGCUGCCGGGAGGGAUGGCCGUCUUCGAGUGGGGAUGCGGCUACUGGAAGUAAAUCAGCAGAGUCUGUUGGGCUUGACGCACACUGAGGCAGUGCAGCUACUGCGUGGUGUUGGAGAUGCUCUCUCAGUGCUUGUCUGUGAUGGCUUUGACCCUGUCGCUGCUGCUGCUCUUGAGAUGUCCCCGGGUGUUAUUGCCAACCCCUUCGCUGCUGGUAUUGGACGAAAAAACAGCUUGGAGAGUAUCUCAUCUAUCGACCGAGAUGUGAGCCCCGAAGACCUGGACAAGACUCUUAGUCCAGAACCUCUGAGGCUAGAUUACCGAACCCUGGCUGCUUUGCCUGGGAGCAGCAGUAUCCAGAGGAUCAAUUCCAGGCUCCAGUUUUCCUCUCUCCUGCGUGACACUCUCUGGGAGCCAAAGCCCAGCGCGAUGGACAAAGCCCCAGCAGGCCUGCACAGAGCUGAGGGCAACUCAGAGGUCUCAGCCUUGACCCAGCCUAGCAAGGGCCCUACUGGGUUUACCCCAGUCAUGGGUGCCUCCCCAAGAAGUUCUGAAGAGCCCUUGGGGGAGGGGGAAAGCCUGGUGGAUUCCAAGUCAAUUCCGUUUGGGGAGAACCCUUUUGUGCUGGCCAACCGGGGAUCAUCAUGCCUAGGGGGCCCUCCCCUGGGAUAUGGCCAGGGAGGGGUGCUGAAGACCAGCCUCUGCAUCCCCAAGGUUUCUCCAGGGGCCAUAGGAAACCCUCUUGAUGCCCCCCGCUCUCCCAGUAGCCAACAGCCACCUGCCUCCCCCCGACCCUUCCACCUGGUGGGCAGGGAGACCCGCUUUGCCUCCAUCAGCUUCCUGCCCUCCCAGGAGGAGCACAAAUCCACUAAACCUGGGGUAAUCCAGCCUCGGCCAUGGCCAGUGGGAUCCACCGCAUCUGGCGGUAGAGACAGCCCCAACCCCUUCCAGUCUUCACCCCUGCCCCGAGCCUACAGUCCCAGCUCCCCUCGUACCUGUCCUCCAUCCCCACCCUCCCCCAGUGAGUUCCCUAUCAAUGUUAAGCAGGCCUACAGGACUUUCGCAGCUGUGCCCCCCCCUCACCCUCUGACAGAGGCUCAGGUGGUACCUCCUGGAAGUGCUGCCAGCCCAGAACAGUUGUCUUUCCGAGAGAGACAGAAAUACUUUGAGCUGGAAGUGAGACCUCCCCAGGCUGAUGGCCCACCAAAGAGGGUGUCCCUGGUUGGUGAGGAUGAUCUGAAGAAGAUGAAGGAAGAAGAGGCACGGAAACUACAGCAGAAACGGGCCCUACUUCUUCAAGAAGAGGAGGAGGAGGAAGCAGAAGAAGUUGUAGCCCCUGCCCCUGCUCCAGUGGAAGGACUGGAGUCCCCGGGAGAACAGAAGAGCUGCCUCCCUCAAACUGAGCCCUCCAAUUCCCAGAGGAACUCACUGGAAGAAGGACCCCAACAAGAGCUGCGGUCCAGCUACUCAGCUAGGCUGAGCCCCAUGUCAUUGGGGGCUGGGGAAUUGGGAGCCCCAGUCCGGACAGCUAAGGCUGAGCGACGGCAGCAGGAACGGUUACGCAUGCAGAGUCCGGAACUCCUGAGUGGACCUGAACGGGAGCUAUCUCCAGCUGAACGACGAGCUUUGGAGGCAGAGAAGAGGGCACUCUGGCGGGCAGCCAGACCCUCAGCUUUGGACGACAGCCUUAGGGACUACGAGCAGGACCUGGCCCGUAGACUCUACCGGGCCCGCCAGCAGGGGCUUCCGCUCAGACCCACCCCCCGAGCUGGGCCAGGAAGUCCUGCCCCAAGGAUGAAGUCCUUGGAACAAGAUGCUCUGAGAGCCCAGAUGGUCAUCGCCAAAUCUCAAGAAGGAAGGGGAAAAAGGAGCCCCCUUGGUCAGCUGACAGAGGCCCCUUCACCUGCACCCACUCCCUCACCGACGCCACUUGAAGAUCUUAGCCCUAGGAUUGUCACCUCCCCUGGAAGGCUGUCCUUGUCUGAAAAGAAGUUUGACUACCGGGAAUUUGCUGCUCUUCCUUCUUCCAGGCCUGUGUAUGACAUCCAGGUACCAGCAGACUUGUGUGUUGUCCCCUCUCUGAAUAUGCUUUUGUCUGUCCCUCCUAUUCCCAUCCAUUGCUUUUUUAUUGUUCCUCCCCAAGGAAACUCCUAGUUGUCCCAUCCCUUUGCUCUGCCCUCAUGUUCCUGUCCCUGUUCCCCAUAACAUAAGCCUCUUGCCACAAUAGCUGUCUGAGAAAGUUAGAGGCUGUUCCAUCCCAGCUCCCGCGACCCAGUGUGCCACCCGGGCUUCCUUCCAGGCCCCUAGAAAAUGGAAUAUCAUCUAUGGGGUUCUCUUCUUCCCUGAGGCAGCACCUGGUAGGGGUUGGGGAAAAUUGAGAAGGUUUCUGUUUUUAAACAUAAGGAAACAAAUUCUCUCCUCUCUACUUCCCUACCCCCAUCCCUUAGAUUGGAGAUGGGCAAUAAAUGUAAGAAAAGUACAAAAAUUUUCACAAAAAACUGCUUUCUAGAAUGAAUGUGCAUAUGAUUUGUAAGCCUUUAGUUUUUUAAUAACUAGAUCCUAUGCCUUGACUUUUGGCUUUAAGUCCAUUUUGCUCCUAUUUGAGCCUGGAAUUCAGGGCACACAUUCUAGAAGAGAGGCAGACUCAUGCCCUACCUGUCCUCUCACUCUCUUUCCAGGGCAAUCUUACCUACUUGGGUCCUUUGUGGGAUUGUUUCACUUUGUUGGCUUUGUAUCCCCAUGCCUAGCAUAGUUAGCUUUUCUAGGUUCAACUUUUACUUGAGCAAGAAUCUUCUCUGUAGAACCCCAGACAAGUGGUCAUCCAGACUUUUUUCAAGCAUCUUAUAUGACAGAGAACUUGUCACCCAGUUCACUUUGGGAUGGGUCUAGUGGUUAGAAGAAUUUGCUUCCUUUUAUUGAACCAAUGUCUCUCUUCCUCUAAUUUUUACCUAGUGAUCUUGUUUCUCCCCAUAAAUCUAAUCUCUCCAAUACUUAAAAGCUCUAUAAAUUCCUGAAAAUGGCUGUCAUCUAUCCAUUUUCUCCUUCCUCUCCCCAUCCCAACAAGGCUACUCAGUUUCUUCUAUGUCAUCCAACAUAGUUUUGAGUUUCUGUUCCACACAACAUCCUUCCUAAAAUGUGGCUCCCACAGCUCCAGAUGUGAUUUGUAGGACAUAGACAAGUACUUGGUGUUCUCACCUGCCUCGUUCUGGAUAUUCUGCUUCUGUCUUAAGGCUUUGUAAUAUUGCAAAAUGAGACAGGAUUUGAAAUCAGGUCUGUCUGCUUAUAGUUUGAAGAAUCAAUCUGCUUUCCCCUUUUUGAAUAUUUAGUUAUCUUCAAAUUUGAGAAAAUUUAAAGCUACACAAUUCUGCCAUGGAUGUAGUCAUUCACUAGGACCUAGUGGCUUGAACUUGAGAGCGACUAGGUGUUUUUCUUGUCUCUACAUUAAAACUAAUCAUUUCAUUCUCCUGAUAGAGAAGAAACAGCAAAAGCAAAAUUGGGCCACCUGCCUUUUUUUGUCAUCUGUGAUAUAUUCAAAAAUAUUAGUUUGCCGUUUCCUUCUCCAGAUCAUUUUAAAUGAUGAGGAAGCUGAAGCAGACAGGAUUAAGUGACUUGACCUGGUCAUGCAGCUAGUAAGUUUCUGAGGCUAGAUUCAGAUUCAGGAAGAUAAGUCCAAGCUUGGUGCUCUUUGCACUGUACCACCUAGCAGCAUGGAUUCAUGCUCAGUUCUGUUUUCUGUAUAUCCUUUUUAAAAAUAUAUAAUUGGUUGAUAACUUUCACAGAAACUGUAGUCCUUUACAGUGUGGAGGCUACUUUAGGUCUUCAGAAGUACUGUCCAGUCAAAAUAUAGAUUCUAACUCUGCUGAGGAGCCAGAGGACUUUGAAAAUGGUUCUGGUAACAGAUUUAAAUUUGUUAUCUGUGGACUGGUCUUAGCUGAGUGUAGAGCCACUCAGUAGCAGCAAGGUAACUAGCUAUUUGGCUAGCUCCUUGGUCAUCCCCUGCUCGUGCCAUGCUGCCAGUGGUAGCAUGGUAGAAAGGGGAGAGAAGUUGGUAAGAAUCAGAAUUGUCAGGACAAAAAACUGUGGGGACUUAGUAAGAUGUUUGAUAUUACUAAAGUAACUAAACUGUACCCAUAUACAAUUUUUUGCUAUAAUUUAAAUUAAAAGGCAAAAAUGUUGCAGCUAAAAGGAAGGGUAGCUCAGAGGUUCUCAUUAUAAAC